GAAGAGGGGAGGGGAAGCUUCCCGGAAGCGGCUCUUUGUUUCCACACUCCCACCCAGGAAGCAGCCAGAAGCCUUUCCCUCUCUCUCAGGCUUCCAUCUUUAAGUGUCUUUUCCACUGCCUGGUUCAUUGAGGAUGAGGAUAAUGUACACCUGUCAUAAGAAACAGGGGUGCAGAGUCCGUGGAAAGACUCUCAGGAUUGAUAUAGAAGUUGCACCUCAAAAGCAUUUCUGUUCCUCUUAUUCUUUGGAGACGCAGGUCAGUAUAUUUGGCAUCAGUUUGGCUGCAGGAGUUGCUGGACAUCAUCCAACGGUCUUAGAGAGGUUCUCCUCCAGAGCCUUUUCUUCUCCUGAGGAUAACCCACGAGGCAGCGAAGGUUUAGGAUCCGAGUUUUCCUUCUCAAUGGGGUCCCUUCCCCAAUUGACGAGCCCCACCUUCCCUUCACUUUCCUCUGCAACAUGGACAGAAUCUGCCUUCUUGACUGAGGGAUUCACUAUUGUUCUCAUCCUCUCCAUCCACCAGGGCCUGCCUUCACCUGCAGCAGAAUUCCCCAACCCACCAAGGAUUUGAGACCCAUCAGCUAUCCUCACCUGGUUUAGCCGGCCAGUUGAAGCCGUUGCUUGGAUCACGGCCCCUGUUGCAUACUGACACAGGACUUCUUCUCAGCCCAUUCUGAGGAAAGUGAUGGAGAAGAGAAGUCAGAAUUUCGGGGGAGGGAGAAACUUUCAUUUCACUAGAAAAAAACGUUAUAAUGUGUGAAAAGUGGAAUAUGCUUCACUGAAUGAGCACACAUAGCUCACAUCAACUAUCUCAAAAAGGGAGAAACCGUUUAAAGGUAUGGAGAAUGGAAAGAGUUUAACUGAUAGUGGAACACUUAGAACACAUCAGGGGACUCACAUGGGCAAGAAAGGAUUCCAAUGCAAGGAGUCUGGAAAGAGCUUCAAUCAGAGGGGAAACCUCAAUAAACAUCAGCGGACUCACACAAGUGAAAAACUAUAUAAAUGUAUGGAGUGUGGAAAGAGUUUUAGUGAUAGUGGACGCCUUAGACAACAUCAACGGACUCACACAGGAGAGAAACCUUUUAAAUGUAUCAAGUGCGGAAAGUGCUUUAGUGAGAAUGGAAAGCUUAGAAGACAUCAACGGGUUCACACAGGGGAGAAACCUUUUAAAUGCAUGGAGUGCGAAAAAAGCUUCAGUCAGAGUGGAAACCUUAAAUUACACCAGCGAACUCACAUGGGAGAAAAACCAUAUGAUUGCAUGGAGUGUGGAAAAAGCUUCCGUUUCAAUGCAAGACUUAAAACACAUCAACGGACUCACACAGGAGAGAAACCAUUUAAGUGCAUGGAGUGUGGAAAGAGCUUCUGUCAGAGUGGACAACUAAAUAUACACCUACAGAUUCACACAGGAGAGAAACCAUUUAAAUGUAUGGAGUGUGGAAAGAGUUUUAGUGAUAAUGGAAACCUUAGAAGACACCAACGGACUCACACAGGAGAGAAACCAUAUAAAUGUAUGGAGUGUGGAAAGAGUUUUAGUGAUAAUGGAAACCUUAGACAACAUCAACGGACUCACACAGGAGAAAAACCAUAUAAAUGCAUGGAGUGUGGAAAGAGCUUCAGUUGGACUGGACAACUCAGUAUUCAUCUACAGACUCACACGGGCGAAAAACCAUUUAAAUGCAUGGAGUGCGAAAAAAGCUUCAGUCAGAGUGGAGACCUUAAAUUACACCAGCGAACUCACACGGGAGAAAAACCAUAUGAAUGCAUGGAGUGUGGAAAAAGCUUCCGUUUCAAUGCAAGACUUAAAACACAUCAACGCACUCACACAGGAGAGAAACCAUUUAAAUGCAUGGAGUGUGGAAAGGGCUUCUGUCAGAGUGGACAACUCAAUAUACACCUACAGAUUCACACAGGGGAGAAACCUUUUAAAUGCAUGGAGUGCGGAAAAAGCUUCAGCUUAAAUGCAAAGCUUAGAAGCCAUCAACGGACUCACACAGGAGAGAAACCAUAUAAAUGUAUGGAGUGUGGAAAGAGUUUCAGUCACAGUGGUCACCUCAAUAUACAUCUACAGACUCACACAGGAGAGAAACCGUAUAAAUGUAUGGAGUGUGGGAAGAGCUUCAGUCAGAGUGGACAACUUAGAGGACAUCUUCAGACUCAUACAGGAGAGAAACCAUUUAAAUGCAUGGAGUGUGGGAAGAGCUUCAGUUUAAAUUCAAACCUUAGAAGCCAUCAACGGACUCACACGGGUGAAAAACCAUAUAAAUGUAUGGAGUGUGGAAAGAGUUUUAGUGGUAAUACAAACCUUAGAAAACAUCAACGGACUCACACAGGAGAGAAACCAUAUAAAUGUAUGGAGUGUGGAAAGAGUUUCAGUUACAGUGGACACCUCAAUAGACAUCUACGGACUCAUACAGGGGAGAAACCAUAUAAAUGCAUGGAGUGUGGAAAGAACUUCAGUCACAGUAGACAACUCAAUAGACAUCUACAGAUUCACACAGGGGAGGAACCAUAUAAAUGCAUGGAGUGUGAAAAGAGCUUCAGUUUCAAUGAGUCCCUUAGAAGACACCAACGGACUCACACAGGAGAGAAACCAUAUAAAUGUAUGGAGUGUGGAAAGAGUUUUAGUGAUAAUGGAAACCUUAGACAACAUCAACGGACUCACACAGGAGAAAAACCAUAUAAAUGUAUGGAGUGUGGAAAGAGUUUCAGUCACAGUGGAAAUCUUAGAAAACAUCAGCAGACACACGGGAAAGAAACCAUAUAAAUGUAUGGCAUGUGGAAGGAACUUCAGUCAGAGGGGAGCCCUUGAUUUAAGUCAAGAAACUAACACAAGAGACAAACCAUACAAAUGUCAGGAAAGUAGAUAGAGGGUCAGUCCUAGUGGAAGUCCUAUAUCAACAGACUCUUGAGCAGGAAGAACUUUUAUAGUUUAACCGUACAAACCCAUCAACAACUCAAGAGGAGAAGCAGUUUAAAUGGAAAGAUUUGCAGAAAGUGCUUUUGUUAUAAUGGAGUGUUUAAGAAACAUCUUGGGACUCUCACAGGGGAGAACCCAUUUAGAUAUAUGGAACUAGUGGAAUUCAGCCCGUUUAGUAAACGGGCGCUAGCUGGGCGGGAACAGAGGGGAAGCCCUGGGACGGCGCAGGCGUCGCCUCCACCAGCGGGGAUGUGCGUGGAAGACCCCAGGCUCCACCUGGGUGGUUUGCUGUGGCGGCGGGUGGGCGGUUUGUGUGUGUGUGUGUGUGUGUGUGUGUGUGUGUGAGAGAGAGAGAGAGAGAGAGAGAGAGAGAGAGAGAGAGAGAGAGAGAAGUGAGCGGGGCUUUUCUGGGAUGUGCCGCCUGCGCGAGCUAAGUGCGCAUUGCAGCCAGGCUGGUGGCAAGUUUGCACUCAGGGUCACUGUGGAAUAGGGAGGACUGAAUGUAUUG